GAACCCGCCUUGGCACCGCCCUCUCCAGUCGCGCCGGGCCCCGCCCCGUGCGGCCGUCCGCCAAUCGGCGGCGAGGGCGGGCCGGAGCUCGCCCCGCCCCCGCCGAGGCGGCCGAGACCCGCAAUUGGUCGGUUGGACGGCUACGUGCUGCCGCCUUGCUCUUGAUUGGCGUGGGCGACCCAGGCUCUGGGCGCUCAUUGGGCGCAGAGGCCGAGCGGGGCGGGCGGCGCCGAGAGGUGGGGAGCGCCGCGGACGUGGCGGCUCGGGCGGCCGGAGCUCCGCGCGGGGCCGGCGGGGAGCGGCGCCGGGCCCAGCCGGUCCCUGAGCACCGGGCUAGGGCGGCCCGUCGGGCCCGGGGCGAGGGUGCGCGGCCCCGGAGGACGCGGCCACGGGCCGGUCCCGGCUACGGACGGCCGGGGUGGUCGGCGGCGGCCAGCACCGGAAAUGGACCUGAGUCAGCUGGACCUGAACCCCAGGAUCAUCGCCGCCGCCAAGAGAGCCAAACUGACAUCAGUCAAGGAGGUUCUGCACUUUUCUGGACCAGACUUGCAGAGACUGACCGGCCUGUCCAGCCCCGAUGUCCAGCACUUGCUGACGGCAGCCUCCCUGCACCUCCAAGGACGCCACGUCCUGACAGCGCUGCACCUGCUCCAGCAGAAGGACCGCUUCCCCGUGCAGCACCAGCGCCUCAGCCUGGGCUGCCCCGUCCUGGACCGGCUCCUGGCCGGUGGCCUGCCCCUCGACGGCAUCACGGGGCUCGCCGGCCGCAGCUCGGCCGGGAAGACCCAGCUGGCCCUGCAGCUCUGCCUGGCCGUGCAGUUCCCUCGGCAGCACGGAGGCCUGGAGGGCGGGGCUGUCUACAUCUGCACUGAGGACAUCUUCCCCAGCAAGCGACUGCAGCAGCUGAUCGCACAGCAGCAGCGACUGCGGACAGACGUGCCGAGUGAGGUGGUCCAGAAGAUCAAGUUCAGCAACCACAUCUUCAUCGAGCACGCAGCGGAUGUGGACACCUUGCUGGAGUGUGUGAUGAAGAAAGUGCCUGUCCUGCUGUCGAGGGGCAUGGCCCGGCUGGUGGUUGUCGACUCAGUGGCCGCCCCGUUUCGCUCCGAGUUUGACAAGGAGGCGUCUGCCCUGCGGGCCAGGCACCUGCAGUCGCUGGGGGCGGCGCUGCGCCGGCUGAGCAGCACCUUCCAGGCCCCCGUGCUGUGCGUCAACCAGGUGACGGAGGCUGUGGAGGAGCAGGACCUGCUGCCCAGGCCCCCAGGGUCCCGGGACCGGCGCCUCUCUCCAGCCCUUGGCAUCGCGUGGGCUAACCAGCUUCUGAUGAGCCUGAUGGCUGACCGCGUCCACGCACAGGAAGCCGCGCUGGGCCUGCCUGGCGGCCUGGCCCGGACCCUGACGGUGCUCUCGGCCCCCCACCUGCCUCCUUCCUCCUGCUCCUACACCGUCAGCUCUGAAGGGGUGCGAGGGGCCGUGUCCAGCUAGCAUGCCCACACUGUGGACCGCCCACGCAAGCCCUUGGGCGCUGAGCAGCAUGGCUCCCAAGGGGACCUGCCACCCUCUCCUCCCCCAGUCCACUGGCCCUCAGAAGACGACUUGCUCCUUCACACAAGGCCGCUUGUACCCCUUCCUCACACUCACACUCACACUCACACACACUCUCUGGCCCCACUGCUGAGGUUGCACGGCCCACGCGAGCACCUGCUCUGCCCUGAAGAUCCGCUUGGGUGCAGGGUGGAGGAACCUAAGCCAACCCCAGACUGCGCUCGGGCAGCCUGGAGUGGAAGAGCGCGGACCCCGACUCAGCUGCCCCCAGACAAGCAGCUCUGGGUGGCGACGAGAAGCCCGGCCCCGUGGGGAGGACGCCCAGCAGGUCCAGUGGGCCAGGCAGCGCCACCCAGGGCACAGCUAGCCACGGGCUCGGCCAGCCUCAGAUGGGGCCUCUGAACACAAGGCCGCCCCUGCGCGUGGCAGGGGCCACGGGGAUCUGGGUCCUGGCUGGGGAACCCAGUUUGCCCUCCCGCCCACUUGACAGACAGCAAGCACCAAAACAUCAUAAACCCCCCAGGGCAGGACAAGGGCCCGGAAGAUGGCAGGGCUGCCCGAGCUGCCAUCGGCCUCCCAAGGCUGCCUGUGGCCCGAAGGGUUGAGGACCUGGUGUGGCCAAAGCUGCUUGGGCUUGCUUGUUUACAAAACAGUUCUCCUGCAAUGUGAAGUGACUUUGCAAUAGGAAAUAAACUCUAUUU